AUGACAAUGGACAUACUCCCCACAUACGAGAAGUCGGAGAAACGAGAGGUGGUGAAAAAAAUUGCACCAGAACAUUCCACUUAUAGCUAUGAAAGUGCGAAACAGGUUCAAGAAAAAUUAGCCGUGCUCAGCUGCCCUCAUUCUGUUGGUUUUCAUGCGGAUCGCCUUGCCAUUGUUGAUCUCGAGGAAGGCAGCGAAACAUUUUGCAAAGUGAUUUCUACGUUGAACUUUCCUGAUGUUGGCGACGAGCCUGGACGAAUUAAUUGGACCAGAUCUGCUGCCAGUAUACAGGCUAUACCUAACGUGCUACGAACUCAUAUGGUUGUGCCAUGUAUGAAUAGCGAUCGCAUUUAUAUAGUGGAAAUCGAUAAGGUGGAAAUGAAAAUAGUAAAGACAAUUGGUUCGGAGCUCCUGAGACAUUACGAUAUGUCCUGUCCGUAUGCUGUUCAUGUUCUGCCGCUCAAAGGUGCUCCUGUUCACAUUGCCACGAUGGGAGAUAAUUACGGUCACGGCAAAGGUUCAUUGUUACUUGCAAGUUUUUUUUACGCCUGA